CGCAAAUCAGCAUUCUUCAAUUCUAUCAGUUGGUUUCACGAGAACUUGUAUUACUACUAUGAUUUCACAAGGCAAAGUAGCCUCAGUAUUACUCAAAAUAUUUAUAAUCCUAUGUUGUACAUCGAUUGUGCUUAUCAUAAACUUUCCAAGCAAUGAAAUCAGCAUUCAYUCAGCGACAGRAGAAGGUCAAAUAAGAUUGGAUAUCGUAGUUGUUGGYCAAGGCCGUUCGGGGACAACAUUUCUCGGCGAGUUACUAAACCAGCAYCCAGAYAUCAUGUAUGUUUUUGAACCUCUGCACGUAACUACGGGUGUUUUGAGUGGUGAUAACAAAUCUAGUAGACAAAGGAACAACAUACUCUUCGACAAAGAAGAUCCGGAGUACAAAGAGGAAGCAGUUCUCAAAUUGGAAACCUUCUUAGCUUGUAAUAUCACUGGAAAGACAAAAUAUCUCCAAGAACUUGCUUCAAUAAAACUUCAACAGAGAAGAAGCAGGGUUUUAGCGAAAAUAAUUGAGAAAGGYAAAGUACUGACGGCUCGUUUCCAACACUUGUGCAAGCAUUUCAAGCAUAGAGCAGUUAAAAUACUUUCUGGGAGAUUACCAAGUGCUUCUUUAAGCAGUCUCGAAGAAUUGGUUAAGAAUGGACUGGCACGAAAACGACAAGUUAAGAUAAUUCAUKUAGUUCGAGAUCCUAGAGCUAUUGUUUAUUCAUGGACUCGGUAUAAAUGGAUUAAAGAUUACCCAGAUCCUGACUUCUAUCAAAACGUACAAAGCAUUUGUAGGCCUCUGAAAAACAACCUCACAUUGCGACGUCAUCCUCCAGAAUGGCUACAAAGUAGGUACAUGUUUGUUCGAUACGAAGACAUGGUAGUACAGACAAAGAGAGUAGCUCAAGAUAUAUACAAUUUCCUAGGGAUACCAAUCGCUGAUGAAGUARUGCAAUGGAUAGAAUCUCGAAAAAUAAAAGCUUCCAGCCUCGGGGAYCGRGUAAAUCGACACUCGACCAUCAGAAAUGCAAGCUUUGUAAUAAAUAACUGGAAGAAACAGAUUUCAAAGAAAAAAAGAAAAUUAAUCGAAGGAGCUUGUUCAGAUGUUUUUCUCCAGUUGAAUGAGAAAAUUUGAGAAAUAUUAAACUCUUUAUAUUAAGAAAGAUAUACAAGGGGCAGCACUAAUGGUAAAACAAUACAAUCAUUUUGCCUAGAGCGUUAUAAAAAAACAUAAUAUUAAGCUUAUAAUUGGUCAACUGGCUUAAAUUUAAUGUAUUUUUCGAAUCAAAAAGUCAUUUAUAAGACUUUUUAAUCUCGCUGCAUUCUAAACUGUCGGAUGGCGUUUGGGUUUCGAGGUCAAACUGACCCUAUUACACAGYGAAUCAUCUUAUUUAACUAGCUAAAAACAAGAUAUAAAUUUACAUGAUUAUUGCCCUCAGGGAAACCGCAUUUUUGUUGCCAAGAUAUGGCUCUUCACUUUGCAAAUAAGCAAGACUUCUUAUAGCUUAUGCAAUAGAUGGAGUAUUUUGCUACGGCAAUAAUUCCGAGUUGGAAAUGUUUGUGUUCAUGUUUGCAGUUUGUGUGGGUUAUUUUGGCGAAUAUCUUCAGUUUUAACUUAUUUGUUAUAAAAUAAGAACUUAUUUCACUGACACUAAUUUGUAAAAAUCUUAUUUAAAACCAAUUAAUAAAAACGGUCAGAAAUGAAACGUAUUAAAACUUUU